AUGUCUUCAUCUCUUGAGCAUAUCGAUGCUUGUGUGCCAACUACAGCCUUGAAGGCACUCUCUUGGGGCAGCCAGAAUCUCAUUCUUCAAGGCCAAGGUCCAUUCUUACGCGUCAUUGACGACGAAUCUGGUGAUGUUGUGACUCAAGUGCGAGUCUUCAAACGCAACAACCUCCAUGGAUUCAUUUCAUUAUCCGAAGGGCAAGAUGGCAGUGACCAAAGGCAUAUUCGGUUCAUCAUUUGGGGUGGCCAGUCAUUACGGGUGGUUGGCCUGAGAUCAGAUUUGAAUGGUGGAAUAGUGUCAUCCGUUUUGUCAUCAGAAUUCCUUGCUCCAGAUUGGAUAAUGAGUGGCUGUGCGGCAGUCGUGGAUCAACCAGACACGGCAUUUUUGAUCACCGCCAAUAACUCACUCUUGAGAUUAAAGGUUACACCUAGCAUUCAAGCUCCAGGCCAGUCCGUGAUCAAAAUCUACCAACUUUCAACAAGCGUUAAAUCUAUUUUGUGCGCGGCUGAUCUGGUUGCACUUUCACCUACGCAUGUGCUUAUUGCCGCGGGAACCAUCUUUGGAGAGAUUAUUGUUUGGUCUUGCUUUAUGGAUGCUAGCGAGAACGAUGAGAACCAGGCGAUUGGAUCAAUUCACCACUUCUUCACCGGGCACGAUGGAACUGUGUUUGGUGUGCAAAUAUCUCCUAUCAUUCCAUCAAUGAAAGAUGGACAGGCAGGCCGCGUUCUAGCAAGUUGCAGUGAUGACCGAACCGUGCGAAUUUGGGACAUUUCUGAUUGUGAAUACAAGUCUGCCGAUGAUCCCUCGGCGUACUCCACAGACGGAUUUGAACUCCGAAGCACGGGCUUUGGUGCCACAGAUGGCAAUGACACCGGUACAAGGUCCGAAUCUUGCAUUGCACAGGCGUUCGGACAUGCCGCUCGUAUAUGGGAUAUUGGCUUUCGUUCGAACAUAUCCCAAGAUUCCUCUAAAAUUGGACUCGUGACUCGUGGUGAGGAUGCUUCGUGUAUCGUUUGGGAUUUAACCUGGGAGUCACCAUCGCCAGGCACUACAAAAUAUGAAUUACGCAAGGACUUCUCUUCAGAAGCACACCUAGGAAAGCAUAUUUGGUCGAUGGAUCUUUGCCGCCGCGGCGAUGACACCGUGGUUUACACGGGCGGUGCCGAUGGAGCGUUGAGAAAUUUCAAGAUUGACGAAGUCAGACCCUCGCCGAUAGUCAAAAAGACUGCAGUGAGGGAAAAGAGUGCCAAAACCAGUUGCGUUCAACAUUUUGCCUUCGUUGCUGAGGAUUGUCUCAUUAUGUCCAACAAAGCAAGCCAGCUACAGAUUGGAUAUGUGAGUCCGGGGCUUGAUGCCAACAUUACGUGGGAACCUUUGCAAAAUAAUGAAGAUCUUGGCUUGAUUUCCCUGAUAGCUGGAAUCCCCGAUAAAGGCCUCGCAUUGAUAAGUGACCCUCGAGGAAAGGUUCGGCUGUACAACCACAGUCUCAAAUCGGCCUCCGAUCUCAUUGACUUAGCCGGACGGCCCAUGGAACUUUUAGUGCUCAAGUGGGAUGCUGAUGCGGAAAAGAUCUUCUUCGUCGCUUCUUAUGCCAAAGAUGAUUUCGCAACAUUGGUCACGAUCUCGGAGUGGAGCGGUGAUCGUCCCCGGGUAGAAACCGUUACAAUUAUCUUACCCCUGGCACCCUAUGAUGUGGCCUCUGCUUCACUGUGUGGCGGGGGAGAGUACUUGUUGCUAGGAUCAAGACUUGGUGGCUUAUCAGUACACCUGGUCGCAAAUCCUGAAGUUUCCACUGGUCCUCUCCUUGUCGACCGACGUGUCCAUGGUCACAACGGUACCAACCACAUCCAAUCACUUUCCUCGGUGAAGGCCUCGGAUGGUUCAUAUUUGGAAUACCUCUUGACGUGUGGACGUGAUGGGAAAUAUUGUGUUCAUGAAGUGAAGAUUGGUAAGGAGAGAGGUGAUGCUGUGACUCUCACAACCGUGCAUAGGACAGAAUCAGCGCUUGGUGGAAACAUUGAAGGAGCAUAUAAUGACGAAGUGACCGGUGAUUUGAUGAUGUAUGGAUUCAAUUCUCAGAAUUUUGUUUUACGAAACGAGUCGAAAGGAACAGAUAUCACUUCUAUUGGAUCUGGAGGUACUCGCAGGCCGUGGGGCUUCCAACGACGCAUCAAGGGUGGAAGUGGCGACCUUCUUGUUUGGAGAGAAGGGCCUUCCCUUGCUAGCCAGCGAAUUCGGCAUGAUGUCAAUUGCUUGAUCCGAGCCGGAGGCCAUGGUAGAGAGAUCAAGGCCAUGGAUGGCUUGGAUGGCACAAAGGAUAUCCCGCCCCUUAUUGUGACGGGCGCAGAAGAUACCACGAUCCGGAUAUCCACCAUUUUAGAUUCGCCCACUACAGGCCCUUGGGGUUCUGUGCAAACUCUUCGCGUUCUGAGUACGCACGACUCUGGUGUUCAAGAAGCCUCCUGGUCAAAAUGUGGAAAAUAUCUAUUCACAAGUGCUGCUUGUGAAGAGUUUUUUGUUUGGAGAGUACGACGGAUCCCUUCCUUUGGAAUUGCCACAAUCCUAGCAGCGGUUUGUCCGAAAGAUGACCCGAAAUCCGAGCUUCGGAUAACAAGCUUUGAUGUGGUGGAGGUUGAAGAAGGGGAAGAAUCCGGCUUUCUUUUGUGCCUCACUCUCUCAAACUCUACUAUCAAGAUCUUCCACUACUCGCCGCAUAGCAACGACUCUUUCACGCUUCUGGCUCGAGGGAAAUACAUGACGAACUGUUUGACACAAGGCCGCUUUGUUAUCCAGGAAUCUUCCGUGACACUCAUAACGGCUGCUACGGACGGAUACUUUACUCUUUGGGAUCUAACCGAUACCCUUAAGCGAUUUUACACCAUCAACUCCUCCUCUUUGAGAGUCAUCGGGCCAUUUGACCCCGAAACAUCUCCUGAAGAUAUCACUUGUGAGAAUCGGCAUGAAGUUCAUUCUAACAGCAUCAAAGCCAUGGAAUUAGUUUUGGUGUCUGGCACAACAACGCUGGUUGCAUCCGGUGGUGAUGACAAUUCGUUGUCAAUAUCACUUUUGGGGCCUGCCCUGAACGGAACAGUGGAGACCGACACAUAUGUGUCGACGAUCUCAAUUCCAGAUGCCCAUGCAGCCUCAAUCACAGCUAUCAAAGUUCUGAGCCAGACACGCUGUGAAACAAAGGAUUCCGGACUGGACACCACGACAAUCAUAGUGGCUUCGGCAGGAAAUGAUCACCGAGUCAAAAUCUGGUCAAUUACUGUCCCUCUGUCUCAAAACUCGGGAGGCAUUGAAGCCCAUUUUCUCCAGGACAGGUACAGCUCUGUAGCUGAUAUUUCUUCAAUGGCCUUGGUUCGGAGGUUGGACUCUGGCAAAUCUUCUGAAGAAGAAGGUCAUGCCACGUUAUUGGUCGGUGGUGUUGGUAUCGAACUUUUGGAGGUAAAAACAUAA